AUCUGUUAACUGUCGCUCAACACCACGCUUUGUUAUUCGCAUUAAUGUUAUUCUUUUAAAGAUCCAUCUUAUUAAACUUUUAAGAUGGCCGGAACCGUUUUAGAAAAUCUAAGCGGUCGAAAAUUGAGUAUUCUAGUUGCGAUUCUCCUAAUCCUUCAAGUGUUGUGUUUCAUGAUUGGGGGAUUCAUCGCCCCUUCGCCAGCGGGUCAUCAAGGAAUAACCGCGACUGUUUGUGUGGACGAAGAGGCCGGAAAGAAUCGUGAAAAAUGGUUUACGACCGAUUGUGGAAGAAAAAUUGAUUUGGCAAGUCGUGAUCCCAUAAAAAACGUGUUACCGGAUAACUUGGUGUUUGUGUUUCAAUUACCGCUUGGGAUGCCAAAGUUUGAUUUUUCCCGUUGGCAACAAAACUUGGUUGGAGUGUUGGAGUUUGAUUUGGUACAUGUCCCACCAUUUAGUUUGGACCCGGUCGUUGAUUUAGGGUUGGAUGUUAAAUUGGCCUAUAAGAAUCGAGGUGAUGUUAAAUGGAAUGAUUACGCAGUAUCAAUUGAAAAAAGAACGAUGGAUUGUAUAGCGGGAUACGAUCAAGGUAACGCUUUACCUGAUUACAUGUGUUCCACCGUACCUUUAUUUGAAUUGGGGGCUUUACACCAUGAUUAUUAUUUAUUAAAUAUGCGAUUACCAAGUGGUGCAGGGAAAAACAACAUUCAAGCAAAAAUUGCUGAUGUUCGCUUACACGUUAUUUAUAUGAAUGGAGGGUUUACAAUGAUUUGCUUAGGAUUAAAAACGUUUUUAUUCCCUUGUUUAUUAGCUGUGAUGUUUUGGUUUUGGCGAAGAGUUCAUAUUUUAUCAAGAACCCCAGCUUUAUUGGAAUAUAUGUUAAUUACGUUAGCUGGAUCGUUAUUAAUUUUUAAUACUCCCAUUGAAUAUUUAUCUUUAUAUUUUGAAAUGCCGUAUAUGCUUUUAUUAAGUGACAUCCGCCAGGGAAUUUUUUAUGCUACCUUAUUAUCGUUUUGGUUAAUUUUCGCUGGUGAACAUAUGUUAAUUCAAGAUAGCGGGGAAAAAAAUACGAUUAAAAAGUAUUGGAAGCAUCUCUCAGCGAUUAUUAUCGGUUGUGCAUCUUUAUUAAUUUUUGAUUUUUGUGAGAGGGGUAUUCAACUAAAAAAUCCUUUUUAUACAAUAUGGACAACACCCUUAGGCACAAAUCUAGCGUUAUCGUUUAUAAUUUUAGCGGGAAUUUCGGCAAGUAUUUAUUUCAUUUUCUUGUGCUACAUGAUUUGGAAAGUUUUUCGUAACAUUUCUAUUAAAAGGGACACUCUUCCAAAUAUGUCCUCCGCUCGCCGAUUUCAUUAUGAAGGAAUUAUUUAUCGUUUCAACUUUUUGAUGCUUGCCACUGUUAUUUGUGCUGCUGUAACAAUUGUUACAUUUAUUUAUGGACAAAUUUAUGAAGGUCAACAUAAUUGGGACGACGAUAUGGAACAUAUCGAGGUUUCUUCAGCUGUUUUUACUGGCGUUUAUGGAAUGUGGAAUGUUUAUGUUUGUGCAAUGUUGAUGUUGUACGCUCCGAGUCACAAACAAUGGCCCACCGAACCUAUUUGUAGAGAACAUGGGGAUGAAGUUGAAUUUAGCCGAUUAGCCACCGAUCCAUGUGCAAGUGAAAUCGCUUCUUUAACUUCUUUUGCUAGCAAAGCAACUAUUGAUUAAGAUUAUUUUAACUAUGUAUAUUAUUAAAUGUCAAAUUUGACAUUUAAACAAUCUUGCCCACAAUAUUAAUUAACAGGUAUUAUUAAGAUAAAUAAUCAAAAUAAGUGUAAUAAUAGUGUGUAGAUUCUCUUUUAAAGUGUGUUUUUUAAUCAGUAUUAUAUUAAUUGUGAUUUUUCCGUUAUGUAUAACAUCACAUAAUGUAGUGAUAUACUCGAAUUUUUAUAUUCUUAUAACAUUUUAAUGUACUUAACCAUUUGCUAACAAAGAAUAAAUGUUGUCAUAUCAGAAAA